AAAAAACUAACCGGAUGACAAAAUCAUAUAUUUUACGCACUGACUGAAAUAGUCCCUACCCUGUGCUUGGCACUGAAGAUACGAGAUCUUUAAGCACAGUUCUCAAUCCAGAACACAGAACACAGCCUGCAUAGUGGAGUGCCCAUAAGAACUUGUCACAUGAUGGGAAAUGAGAAGAUAAUUGUCGUUCAAGCCUGAAGAUGGUAAUUCACCACGGGAAAUAGAACUCACCCUGAGCAACAUGAGUAUCGUCACCUCAGAUGCAAGCCAAGAGGUCUUCUUUAAACCUAUCAUUGAAGACUUAAGCAUGGAAUUGGCCAGAAAAUGCACCAAACUCAUUAGUGAUAUCCACUAUAAGGAAGCAUACAAAAAGUCUAAGGACAAGUGUACAUUUGUGACCGACACUCCUAUGCUAAACCACGUAAAAAAUAUUGGCGCUUUUAUUUCUGAGGCAAAAUACAAAGGCACCAUUAAGGCAGAUCUUUCCAACUCUCUUUAUAAGCGGAUGCCGGCCACGAUUGACAGUGUUUUUGCAAGAGAAGUUACACAGCUUCAGAGUGAGGUUGCCUAUAAGCAGAAACAUGAUGCCACCAAAGGAUUCUCAGAUUAUGCCCACAUGAAGGAGCCACCUGAGGUCAAACACGCCAUGGAGGUCAAUAAACACCAGAGUAACAUUUCUUAUAGAAAAGAUGUACAGGACACCCACACGUACAAUGCGGAGCUCGACAGACCAGAUAUCAAGAUGGCAACUCAGAUCUCCAAGAUCAUAAGCAAUGCAGAAUACAAGAAAGGGCAAGGAAUAAUGAAUAGAGAGCCUGCUGUAAUUGGAAGACCAGAUUUUGAACAUGCUGUAGAAGCUUCUAAACUUUCUAGUCAAAUUAAAUACAAAGAAAAAUUUGAUAAUGAAAUGAAGGAUAAGAAGCAUCAUUACAAUCCUCUUGAAAGUGCUUCUUUUAGGCAAAAUCAGUUUGCUGCUACACUGGCAAGUAAUGUGAAGUACAAGAAAGACAUUCAAAAUAUGCACGAUCCAGUUUCAGAUCUCCCAAAUUUGUUGUUUUUAGACCAUGCUUUGAAAGCCAGCAAAAUGCUCAGCGGACGAGAAUAUACAAAGCUUUUUGAGGAAAACAAAGGAAUGUAUCAUUUUGAUGCAGAAGCUGCGGAACACCUGCACCAUAAAGGCAAUGCCACCCUCCAGAGUCAGGUGAAAUACAAAGAGGAAUAUGAAAAGAAUAAGGGAAAGUCAAUGCUCGAAUUUGUUGAUACGCCAUCCUAUCAAGCUUCAAAGGAGGCUCAAAAGAUGCAGAGUGAGAAAAUUUACAGAGAGGAUUUUGAGAAGGAGAUUAAAGGAAGGUCAUCACUGGAUUUAGACAAGACUCCAGAAUUUCUGCACGUGAAGUACAUCACCAGCCUUCUGAGAGAGAAAGAAUAUAAAAAAGAUUUGGAAAAUGAGAUAAAAGGGAAAGGAAUGGAACUUAAUUCAGAAGUUCUUGAUAUUCAAAGAGCAAAGCGAGCAUCUGAACUGGCUAGUGAGAAAGAAUAUAAGAAAGGCCUGGAAUCAGAAAUUAAAGGGAAAGGAAUGCAAGUUGACACUGACACCCUUGAAAUACAGCGUGCCAAGAAAGCUACAGAGAUGGCAAGUGAGAAAGACUAUAAAAGAGAUCUGGAGACUGAAAUUAAAGGGAAAGGAAUGCAGGUGAACACAGACACUCUUGAUGUCCAGAGAGCUAAGAAAGCAUCCGAGAUGGCCAGCCAGAAACAAUAUAAGAAAGACUUAGAAAAUGAAAUUAAAGGGAAAGGGAUGCAGGUGAGCAUGGAUAUCCCAGACAUACUUCGAGCCAAGAGGGCAUCUGAAAUCUAUAGCCAGAAAAAGUAUAAAGAUGAAGCAGAGAAGAUGCUUUGUAACUAUUCUAUUGUGGCAGAUACCCCUGAAAUUCAGAGAAUUAAGACAACUCAACAAAACAUUAGUGCGGUAUUUUAUAAAAAAGAAGUAGGAGCCGGAAUAGCAGUAAAAGAUACUCCAGAGAUUGAACGCGUGAAGAAAAAUCAGCAGAAUAUUAGUUCUGUAAAAUACAAAGAAGAGAUUAAACAUGCAACAGCCAUUUCUGAUCCUCCGGAGCUAAAGAGAGUUAAAGAAAACCAAAAGAACAUCAGCAAUCUCCAGUAUAAAGAACAAAGUUACAAGGCCACUGCGGUAAGCGUAACCCCAGAGACAGAGAGAGCGAGGAGAAACCAGGAGCAGCUAAGUGCGGUAAAAUAUAAAGGAGAGAUUAAACAGGCAACUGCAAUUUCUGAUCCACCAGAGCUGAAGAGGGUGAAGGAAAACCAGAAGAACAUCAGCAAUGUCUAUUAUAAAGGUCAGCUGGGAAGAGCUACCGCGUUAAGUGUAACUCCUGAAAUGGAAAGAGUCAAGAAGAAUCAAGAAAAUAUUAGCUCGGUAAAAUAUACCCAGGACCAUAAACAGAUGAAAGGUAGACCAAGUCUGAUUUUAGAUACACCUGCUCUGAGACAUGUUAAAGAAGCACAAAAUCAUAUUUCCAUGGUAAAAUACCACGAAGAUUUUGAAAAGACAAAGGGGAGGGGCUUCACGCCUGUCGUGGAUGAUCCUGUGACAGAGCGAGUGAGGAAGAACACGCAGGUUGUCAGCGACGCUGCCUAUAAAGGUGUCCAUCCUCAUGUCGUGGAGAUGGACCGGAGACCAGGGAUCAUUGUUGACCUCAAAGUUUGGCGCACAGACCCUGGCUCCAUCUUCGACAUCGAUCCCUUGGAAGACAAUAUUCAGUCUAGAAGUCUGCACAUGCUCUCCGAAAAGGCGAGUCACUUUAGGAGACACCGGUCUCGAUCUCAUUCCAGCAGUACUUUUGGUACAGGUGUGGGAGAUGACAAGUCAGAAAUCUCUGAGAUUUACCCUAGUUUUUCAUGCUGCAGUGAGGUAACCAGACCAUCUGAUGAAGGAGCACCUGUGCUUCCUGGAGCCUAUCAGCAAAGCCAUUCCCAAGGCUACGGGUACAUGCACCAGACCAGUGUGUCCUCCAUGAGGUCAAUGCAGCAUUCACCAAAUCUAAGGACCUACCGAGCCAUGUACGAUUACAGUGCCCAGGAUGAAGAUGAGGUCUCCUUCAGAGACGGCGACUACAUUGUCAACGUGCAGCCCAUCGAUGAUGGCUGGAUGUACGGCACGGUGCAGAGAACUGGGAGAACUGGGAUGCUCCCAGCCAACUACAUUGAGUUUGUUAAUUGAUUCUUUUCUCCUUGCCCUUUGAGCUCUAUUCUAAUGUAUUCUAAACCGAUCUUUUUAAAAGAUAGAAGAUAAUUUUAAGACAACUUGGCAGUUAUUUUACAAUAAUGUAUCCUUCCUUUGACAAUUAGACACACAGGUACCAGAAUGAAGGAAUGACUUGUGGGCUGAAAACAGCAGCAUUUUCAGUAAUUCCUCUAAACAAAAAUCAUUACGUCUGGAGACCUGGUGCUGCUAAUUGUGUUCGUGGUUUCCUUUGGUUGGCGAUUGAACCCUUCUGGGAAAUGUAUUUUUGUAGACUUUAAUAGAGAUGUUGAUUGUCCUUUAAAUGUAACUAGUAUAUGAAACUUCCUGUUUGUCACUUUGGAAUCACCAGAAGCCAAUUCUCUUAACUCAGUUACACAGCCAAUAAUUUAAAACCUGUUCAGUCUUUCGAGUGAUUAGGCAAUUUCCAAUUCGCGUGAAAAUUGGCCAAUAUAAUAAAUGCAAGCAAUGGCAGAAUGACAGUCUGGUUAAAAUUAUAUUGAUUGGUGGCCUUAGGGAUCUAGAAACCUCUACCAAACAAAGAAAUUUCCUUAUUCCUUAGGCCAACCGGGGGUCUCUUUAUUUCUCAUUGAUACCAAGACAUCUCCUACUCUCCAUUUAUAUUCUAUGGACCCAAGUAGAUGCUCAGUUCCACAGAAUGUCAGGACCAAACAACUUCACAGCUGCUCUGCAAAGGGAAAAUGUUAAUGUCAUCUAUAUAAUUUCCCUAGUAGCCUUUACCCUGUUGCAUGUCAUGUAGGUUCAAGCUUCUGUAACAUAGGCAGCUGCACUGCCCAUUCCUGUUAUUAAAGCAAAAAGGGUGACAUACCUAAAAGCCCUUUCCUCUAGCGGCCAGCUCAUCUGAAAACAUAUUUUGAAAAGCUGCUUGAGGUUUUCCUGCUGCAUUGCACUCUAGUUUUGAAGGAUUUACACCUUAGGAAAUACAUGUAUACUCUAGUAAAUAAAUGAUUUUGGUGUUUAUUGAACAGCUUUCAUUAACUUAAUGCCACCAUUGAUUUAAACACAAAAUUUAUAGGAGCCAAUGAAAGAAUAGAAUAUAGCAUGUACUGAGGGAAAAAAACAGCAAACAAAAAUCUACAAACUCCACAUAGAGAUGAUCUGGUGUCUUAUUUUGGGAAAUGAUAUUCAGAUUCUGGAAUGGAAAUCUAGCUGCUGAAACUGGUUACUCAAAAAGCUUCCCUUCCACUUUCUGGCUUUUAUUUUCUAAAUCACCUUUAGGAGAUGAGAUAGGAAUGUGAUCAGAGAUUUUCAGUACAGAACCAAGAGGCUUUUCCCUAAGAAAGAAAUUGUCAUGUUUUGAUUUUCAAAUGAGUAACUUUGCAGGCUUUUGCUAGACUGAUGUCCAUGAGUGCAGCCCUUGCUGGCAGGUCUUAAAAUCUCACCCAGAGCCUGUAGUCAAGGUUACCGAAACAUUGAUGCCCAGCGACAAUUCUAUAUUUUUCUGAUCAUGCCCUUUAUUGUGACCUGCAACAGGGUAGCAUUCAUGUAGGGUCUGACUUUAUAGUUGUGAUGAAAUUGAAAAAGCAAAGUUACAAAAAUAUACUAAAAUGUAUGAUUCUUGGGGAUAUAUACCUUGGAUGAUAGAUUCAAGGAAAUUAACAAAAUAUCCUGUAAAACAUCUUUUAUUGAAAUAUCUGCUAGUCUAAAGGCCCUAGCUGAUUCAUUUACACCUUUGAAAAUUUGGCACAUACAAAUGAAAAUCUGUAGUUUUAUUUUAUUAGGCUAAAAGAGCAAAUAAGCUUUAUUACACUAAAGCUGCAUCUAUAUGACACUGACGAAAAAUUCAGCCAAAUAACCUGAGAUUUUUUGCAGGGAGUUUUACAGAUUACCAGAUAACUAGCUUCACUGAUUUUCCUCUUAUUGAAAUGUCCAGUCAUAAUUUAAUUGAUUAAACCCCAUCUUUGUUUUGAUGUCUUAUACAUAAACCUACAAAGACAAACUGAACUUGUGAUAUUUUUACAAAACUCUGUGCAUCAAAACCGAGGACAGUAGGCCUGCUCAAUUUUUUUGUAUUAAGUAUGUGCUUACAUUUCACCAAACCAGGUCACUUUUUGUGAUUAUAAAACAGAGUUGUUGUUUAUUAAAUUUUCAGACUAAAUGUAGGACUGGUAUAAUUUUUUGAUGAAUAGCACAUUUAUAGGAAGUAUAGAGGAAGCUGAUUUGAAAUAGUGCUUGUAAUCAGGAAAGUUACCAUAAAGUAACAGCUUGGUGUUUCUUGUUUUUUUCAUCCACUGAUUUCAAAAUCAGAUUCAUUGAAUAUAAAAGUCAGUACAUAUUUGGGGAAUAAAUCUCCUAAAAUUUUAAGCUUCACGUAUGUUUGCAUAGCAAGAUGUUUCUGGCUCAAGCCUUUAGGAAUUAAGAUCUGAUCAGAAUUUAACUAGGAGCCAGUUAUUUUACAACGAAAACUGAGGCAGAUAAGAAUUUGCAUCCUCUUGGGGUCAUAAUUUGAUAGUGUUGGCAAUCAUCACUAAAGCUUAUCAGGAUAGUGAGCAUCUCAGCAGGAAUACUGGAAACAUAUAUGUCUAAUACCAAAGUGCUAUUUUUACAGCAUCAUUUAAAAAAUUGCAUUCUUGAACAACUUUUCCAUUUUCCACAUGCCUCCUCCCCACCUUCAAUUUGGCAACAGGUAUCUCAUACAUAAUGCCGACAGCUAAAGAGAAGUUUAAAAGCAAGUCUUAAAAAUCAAGUUAAGGAUGACUGUGCAAAGGCCCAAGCACAGAGAGCAUGCACCUGCUUUUCUAAACGUGAUGUGUUCUCAAGCCUGACAAAAGCACAAGGAGCAGUUUGAUACACUUUUAAAGGGUUCUGAAAACAAAACUGUAUGUGGAUCACCUCUCUCUUGAGCAAAGCAUAGCAACAGAAUAUAUUGCUUUGGUUGUAUGUGAGCUUUUGUAGUCAAUGUUUUUACUAAUAAUUCUUGUGCUCCAGAAAGCUUUCUAUUUCUAUGCUAUGGCAAAAUGAACUCUUCAUGUCUUUUCCUUAUUGUUUACACACCUGCAAGGUAGCCCAGUUUGAAAUAUUUAUCUGGAUGUCAGGUCUCCAUGGAGGCCCCCGUCUCCCCAGGCCUCCCCGGCCCCCAUAGACCACAUGAGAAUUUGUAAGCACAACUUCCACAGACACCUUGUAUAAAUAUGGAUAAGAUUAGGCCAGCUCCUCUCUGGCCUCCAGGUAUAUUGCUUGGAGAGGAUGAAGAUACGGUUUUGCCAGAUUUACCAGUCUUUCUCUCCUUAUCCUCUCUCUGCUGCGUUUUGCAGCGCUCCAGGAGUUAGGAAAACACACUUUUCUAAAAGAGACAGUAGAAAUUCAAGAGGUGCACCUCAUUGUCAGGUUCACCCAUCUCCAAUGGAACAUUUUUAAUGAGAAGAUAAAGAAAACACACGUGUGAUCUUUAAUAACAUAUCCCCAUAUAAACCAGAUAAACUUUAUACCAAAAUUAUAAUACAGAUAUAUACAAAAAAUAGGUGCAUUUCUUUUUUUUGAUUACCCUUGUUUGUCCAUUAUGGUCUUGGAAAGAAAACCAAGAAAGCAAGUUUCUGCCUGUUCUAUAGUAAUAUUUUAUUGAACAUGAUUGAUAUUUUUAUGGUGAGAAGUGGGGAUGCUCCUGACAGACAUUAAAGGUGGUAGCUGAUGGUAGUUUACCUGUAAAGGGUUAGACUUUAGAAAAUGCUGACUUCUUCCCUCUAUUUCUGAAAGGUUCUUUGUGGGUUAAGAGAUAGUUGAGAUGUAUAAACAUUAACUUUAGGUUUGGGAUUUAAAAUACCUAUUGUAAGAUAGAAUAAUUAUGUUAUGAGGCCGAAUUCACUACACAAGAUGAACUUCACUUCAUAAGUUAAUUAUACCUUAGCUAUUUGCUUCUGAUAAUCUAAAAGUGGCUAGAUUGUGGUUGUUUGGGUAAUGUGACAUGAAGGUGACAGAGCUUUAGUUACAUGUGAAGCUAUGUAAACUAACUUAAGGAUGCUACAAUAAAAGUCUCUUUCUGAAGUAUUCCAUGGACCUUUUCCAGGCAACUGUGUGUAACUAUUGAUGAUUGAAAAUGUCAAGGCAUUGUACGAUGCUUCUGUGGUCAUCUUUCCAUGAUGCUUAAACUACUGAAAUCCUUAGCCUGGAAGAAUAAUACCCAGGCCAAUUUUCUCCCCAGUUGUCUAUAUUACUUCAGUAUAUUCAUGGGAAUUCCAUAUGCUUUUUUGUGUUUGAUAUAUGGUAUCCAGUUUGCAUAGUAUAUACUUAUUUGUAAUCCAGUUGCUGUUAGAAAUGAUUUAUUUUAAAGGAAAAGAGAAAACUGCAUCACAGUUCUAUUCUUCAGUGUCCGUAUAAUGAAUUACUGAGCGUUUAGGAAGCAGCACCAAGUAUGUGACAGGCACGACAUGGAACUGUUGAUCUUUGACUUGUGAUAAAAAUGCAAAAUUGAACCAUUGUGCAGUUUGGCAUCUAUUUGCUUCAAAAUAUAUAGAAUUGUAGUUGAUGAUUAAUUUGCAGGACUGUGUACUAAUGUUGAAUGCAUUAACAGUUUUGGAGGGAACAUCUAAUGUUUUGUAAAUGAAGGAGCUUACAGAAUGGAUACAGUGUCAUGAUGAAUAUAAUUUGGCUUUUGUUAUGCAAAUUGUUAACACCAGCUAUUAAAAUAUAUUUUAGUAGAAAUGCUUUAAUUCAUGUUUUUUUCCUCUACACUGUGAAUCUUUAAGCCUUGGUGGACUAGAGCAACAUCGUGCUGCCCAAAGGACUAACCUAUGCAAACUAGUUCACAUUUUAGUGGAUGUCACAGUAAAUGUGUAAUAAGACAUUAUUUCCCCCUGCACAAUGUACAAUAGCACUGAAAUAACACAUUAAGCCUAGUAUUGCGUGUGUAUAGCAUAGUCAUUCACAAACCCUUCAAGGCUACCAUAAUCAUUAGUAUUUACAUUUGUUGGAAAGCAAAUCUCUGAUUUAUCUAUUGAAACUACUUGAAUGAUGUCAAAACAAGAAUGACAGAUGGGCGCGUCAGGCAUGGUUUUAAUGUGAUCCCUGCAAGUGGUCUCCUAUGAUAGAACUGCGUCCUCAGAGGCACUCUCUUCAGGGUCUUAACAUUCUGUGUCUUCUUUCUGUAUUUGUAAAGCAUAACACAUUAAUUUCCUAUCUCUACAGAUUUGGUUUGCUUAAUUAAAUAAAUGUAGGAUAUAACAAAAUGGUUC